CUGCUGUAUAUUUCUCCUUUUUCGCUGUUUCCUUUCAACUCCUCGUCUCCCCUAUUUUUCUUCCAAGUUUUUUACAAGCCUUUCCCCUUCUCUAAAGAAAAAUAUUUUACUGUUAACAAUUAACAGAUUUCAGCCCUUCCUCUUUUUUUUUUUUUUUUUGGGGGGGGUGUUUUUUCUGUCCUUCUUCCUUGGUUCUCUUUUCUCCCAGACGGGUCUCUCCCUGUAGCUUCAGCCCAACUCUGAAUCUCUCUACACCACGACGCUUCCUCCUCCCUUCCUUUCUCAUUCUUACAUAUCUAUCUUCGCCUGUCUCCCCACUAUUUUAUUAACCAUAAUCUCGUCAACAUUUUCAGGUCAAAACGCGCACCAGUCCCAGAACUUGGACCAUCCUUGGCUGAUCAUCGGCCUCUAUUUUUUUUUUUAACUGCGUAAUCCCUGGAUAAUAUCAACUCUCUUUCAAGAUCGGAUAAUAAUCUAAUACUCUCUGAUUGUUGCACCUUAGACAACCACGUUGGAGUUGGUUCCUGGACAUCCGGAAGUUAUCUUUAGGCCCCUAAGCGGGAUUGAUCCGCCUCGUGAGUUUUGUGGGGUAACCAUGAAGUCCGGGUCACUGGAAUACUGGAGGAAUUACUUUCGAACUGCAAAUUCUGAUAUAUUCGAUAUAAUUGACCACGCGAUCAUGGUGGCGGUUUGGGAUUGUCCGAAGGAAUUUAGAUUACGAAGAGACGGAAUUGCGGAACGUUUGUUUUCUUCUAGAUUGACCCGUUGUGUGGGGUGUGAUCGAUUGGAGUUGGCGGUAUCUGGUGAUGACGAGGAAGAUGGAGGUUGUAAGAGUGGUUUUGAUCGAGAUGCUACUGAAUUAGAAGCAGGAGCUAGUAAAGAGAGCAAGGUCAAUAGUAGCAGAGACGAUCAUGGAGAGAUGGACAGGAACAAAGUUAGUACUUUUAGUUUUGGAGAAGCUGAGGCAUUGACUGAUGAGAUUGAAGAAGAGUCUCAGAUGGUUGAGGAGGUUAUGAGGAUCAAAGACAUUCUCCAUAACAGCAAGGAAGAGCCUGAUUCAGUACUAUUUGAGUCAUUGAGGAGGCUCCAGCUGCUAGCACUGAACGUGGAUCUUCUUAAGGGAACUGAAAUUGGAAAGGCUGUCAAUCCUCUCCGGAAGCAUGGAUCAAAGGAGAUCCGUCAACUUGCACGAACUCUUAUUGAUGGCUGGAAAGAAAUGGUAGAUGAAUGGGUCAAGUCCACGGCAGCUAUAGCAGGUUCAGCAGAAGGAACCCCAGAUUCAGUUAAUCCAUCAGUGGUUGAUGAAGAGGAAGGGCUUCCUUCACCUCCAAUGGAUGAAGGGGCUUUCCUUGCAGCUCCAACUGGUCCAAUAGAACUCUCACAGUUCUUUGAUGGCAUGGAUGAUGAUGGAAAUUUUCGACAAAGUGGGGAAUUCAUGAAGACUCGCGAACAUAUCAGAAAACCAUCUAUGGACAGUCAAAACGUUGCAAAGAGAAAACCACAGGCUUCCAGAGAGGCCAAUGAGAGUAAAUGUCACCAAAUGAAGAAAAAUGAGGUUGCUGCGAGACAAAGUAAACCGGUCUGCACUGAUGCUGGCCCUGGGAGGCCACCAAAAUCCAGCUUGCAGCAAAAAAGCAACACAGUACCAAAGAUGCAGCAGAAACAAGAGAAGAGUGCUAUCCCGAAGAGGCCUCUUGUUACUGAGCAAGAUAAAUUCAAGUGUUCAGAUGACGUUUCAGUCCAAGUGAAACUAGAAGCAACUAAGAGGAAACUUCAGGAGUCUUACCAACAAGCUGAAAAUGCCAAGAGGCAGCGAACGAUACAGGUUAUGGAGUUGCAUGAUCUUCCAAAGCAAGGGAACGGCCACCGAAAUCCGCACUUCAAGUCUGGGAACCUCAACAAGCACUGGGCUCAUGGACGAAGAUAGAGAUUUCUGUAUGCAAGUAGAGGAGCUACGGUAGUUUUACAGAAGUUUGAAUGCUACGACUAACUUGUUUGGCCAUGAUGAGGCCGGGACGGAAGCAUGGUUUGCUUGCCCAUCAACAAUACCAAGCCCCUUCCGGGGCAAUUUCUUAAGUCAAAAGACAUUGAGUACAUAGAAAAUUUGUUCACCCACGAUUGGUGAAGAGGGUCCUAACUGCGGCACUCAACUGUGAACUUGUUUCUACAAUCAUUGUCUAUAUAGAAAUCUCGUUGAAUCCACUCUUCAAUUUUAUCGUCUUAAUUUGUCAUAAACUCAGUGGUCUUCCACUCUCAUAAUAGUUUUGUGCCCAUUAUUUACC